GACUUGGUAGUGUCCAACCAAUGAAAUGUUAUCCAAACUGUAUUUAUUCAUCAAGGGUGAACACCAUCGGAUUGUGAUCAGAGUAUGAAUCGAAAAUGUGACCAAGGAACUUACAUUGAAGCUGAGAAAUACAUACAGUUUAAACGUCGUUGGCAAUGCAAUUCGAAACAAGUGCAGAAGCGUGUUGAAAAAAGUCGAGAGAUUCGUUAAUUUCGUGCAAUACCUUGGAUUAUUUAUUGUUCACACAUCAUACGUAAUGCUGGUAUGCACUAUUGUGGAUUGCGGAUGCUGACAAAAAAAUAACAUUUAGUUGUCGUCCACAUGCACGGAUAAUAUUUCAACAUGUCUGAACAAAUAAAGAGUACCGGACGUAACAUCCAAAACCUUAUGAAUGAGUUAAAAUGAAUUUUGCUUCUCUGUCUGUUGCUCUGAACCGUGCAAGUAUUGACGAACUGCCUGACGCGGAUUGCGAGGAAAUUUUAAAACAACUGACAGAGAUUCAAAGCAUGAACGAGGAACACAGUAAAUGGGUUUUAAGAGCUGACACAGAGACGAAGACGGCUAUUAUAAAAGUUAUGACACGUUUAAAUGGGAAAAGGGAACAAACAGGCAGAAAGCAAAGGUUUGACAGUGGCUACGCUUCCUCCGCAGGUUCCAGAGCUCUGUCUGAGCGUCUGUCAGAGGCAAUGCAACCGACGGACCAAACACAAGAAAUGGGACACAGCGAUCAGCCGUUAAUGGUCUCUGAACAUGAUACUCCGAUCCAGGGAGAAAACAUCAGGUUUUUCAGCAAUUACUUUCAAUCUUAGAUGAAGAAUACUACACGCCCGUGUCAGCAUGCGAUUUUUUGCAUUUAAAUUAUUUCCCAACUUUCUUAUCUGCUAAAACGU